CAACUCUCAUCUCAUCUCCAGCCCGGGCCUCCCUGCACCAGCCUCUCUCGGGAGGUCUCUCUGUACUCGUCGGCACCUCCUCUGCUUCUCUCCCGCCUCUCCGUAUUUCUGCUUUUCACCCUUCCUCUCUCCCGCCCCACCGACCGAAGCCGAGGUGAGCGAGAGGAGCGCAAGCAGCGCAAAAACUCGGGCGAAGGCGGUGCAAGAACGGGAAGAGCCAUCACUAGAGCCCACGGUGCGUUCUGCUUGCUUCCCUUGGGACCCAUGCUGCUUAGGCCCAGGGAGUCGCGGACCCGGACGUUUCCUGGGAUGCUGGGUCUGGCGCCUGCGAGAGGCAGGACGCGGCGAUGGCCAUUCCCCUGCGCUUCCGGCUUCGGAAUCACUCAAUGCGUGGGUUUCAACCGUAGCCAGCAAGAUGCGCCUCUCCUGUUUUCCGAGGCUUUGGAGCCUGCACAAUUGUUCUACAAAAGGUGGUGGCUCCGCCUAACGUUGGAUAGGCGCUUGCUCUGCAUGGUAAUACCAGAGAAAGAGUUGGCUGUCCGUGUGUCGCAGUCCGGUGGUGUGCUUGCUUCCAAGUCUAGAGGUGGGUGGUUCAAGCCCGUUCUAUGGAGCAUUUCUUGCAUUUUAAAAAUGUUUAAACCGCUGGUAACUUUCUUGUAUCCAGCACAUGCUCUCAUGGAAAGGCAGAGCGACAGAGCAAGACCAACUUUACCCUCUUCUCCUCCGUGUCUCGCGUACCACAUGAGGACAGAAAUCAAGGUCCGCUAGGAUUCUGGAAACUCUCUCUCUCUCUCUCUCUCGCUCUC